AUGAUGACUAGCAAUGAAUGGGACAAUACAAAAUGGUCUAAGAGCAAAAAGGGAAAAGAGACCUUUGAUAUUGUUGUUCCCAAUGAUUUUUGGAUCUUGAUAGACUUGUGUUUGAGAGUGUUUACUCCAUUAGUGAAAGUUCUUAGACUAGUUGAUGAAGAGGAGAAACCUUCAAUGGGAUUUGUUUAUGGAGAGCUACUAAAGGCAAAGGAUGACAUUAUAAAGAUGUUGAAGAGGGAAAGUGACUAUAUGCCAAUCUUGAACAUUAUUGAUGUAAAGGGCAAGGAUCAAAUUGAUAGCCCACUUCACACAACAGCUUAUCUUUUGAAUCUGUUUUACUUCUUCAAGAAUCCAAAAAUCAAAGAUAAUCAAUUGAUAACUAAUAAUGUGAUUCUUUAUGUUGAAAAGUUCUUUUCCGAUGCUCAAAUGCAACAUCAUGUGAUAAAUGUUGAGUUGCAAAGAUACACUCAAAAAGAAGGUGCAUUUGGAAGAAAACUAGCAGCAUGUGGAUUAAGUUGGUGGGACUUUUAUGGCAAUGAAGCACCAAACUUAAAAUUAAUGGCAAAGAGGAUCCUUGGUUUGACUACUAGUUCAUCCGGUUGUGAGAGAAAUUUGAGUGUCUUUGAAGGGGUACACACCAAGAAGAGGAACCGCUUAGAUGCCACAAGGAUGAAAAACCUAGUUUAUGUUCAAUUUAAUGCAAGGUUGAUGAACAAAAAGAAGAGGAAGGAUAAAUUAGAAAUUUUAUUAGCAAGUGAUGCUAGUAAUGCACAAUCUUGGAUUGUUGAUGGUUGUGAUGAUGAGGAGAAAGUUGACAAUAUAUUACCAUCUACAAGAGGUAAUAGAAAUUCUCAAGUCGAAAUAAGGGAACCCGAUGAAAAUGAUUUCGUAUCAGAUGACACUGAAGAUGACUUGAAUGAAGAAGAGGAGAUUGAAUUAGAAUCUAAUAAAGAGCUAGACAAGAUUUAG